GAAGUGCUGUUCGGCAAUUUGGACGAACUCUGUUGUGUCACUUAUGCCUUCUGUAAAGAGUUUCUCAAUGUUAUCCUCCAAUACGUGAACACCAGUACAGAAGUCAAUCCCACAGAUAUUUUAGUCCGACUCUUCCAAAAGUGGUGUAACCGAGACUCCCGGUGUAAAAAGCUUCAGCUCACGGAUCUAUUAGUAUCGCCGGUUCAGCACAUAAUGCGCGUCCCAUUGAUAUUGAAAGACAUCGAAAUACGAACCGACGGCUUAUUCGAGAAGGAAUCGAUUACAGCGAUCAUAGAGUCGGAGGAGAACUCAUUGCGCGAAUUGGACGACAAAAUGAAAUGGUUGAAGAAUUUUGAACGACUUCUGGAGAUCCAGCGCAACAUUGUCUGGCCCUCAGUCUUCGAUCUCGACCCUAAGGUCUUCAUUCCGGAAUUCCUGAAGGCGCCGCUAUCCAAACAGCCCUGUGAACGACUGAUCGUCAGCCCCAGGAGACAGAUCAUAAUCGAGGGACCCCUCCAUAUACUGGACAGCGGAAAACCCAUUGAAAUGUAUGUCAUAUUAUUUGACGACAUGCUUAUCAUUACUCGAAGGAAAAAAGGAUUGCAUAAAAAACAAUCAUCGUUAACGGAAAAGUGGGCGUCGACUUGCAGUCGGGGCAGUAGUUUCACAUCAUCUCACGAGGGAUUGUUUAAGUACGUGGUCUACAAACAGCCCCUCUCUCUCGACCGCUUCUACAUUCAUGACGUCCUGCCCGGCAGUGAAGGCACCGCCACAAAUUUGAAGAAUGUGUUUGUAUUGGUUUGUCUGAAUCGCUUCCAACAGGUGGUCACUCUUCAUACAUUCCAGAGCUCUACCGAAAGCUCUAAAGUGACAUGGCUUUCGAAGUUGAGGGACACCGCAGACAAAUGGAAACGAACUCUUCAGAACACAGUAUUCCGUAAUCAGCAGCGAUUGAGUAGCGGUAGUGUCUCGACGGCCGCCAGCUUUCGGGACAACUCGAGUACAACUCAUACCAUAUCCACGCGAUAAUCACACUAUCGGUUCAUUAGAUGAUGUGAUUAUCAAGUUAUCCAUUUGUGACUCCAUUUUAUAUAAGUUUCAUAAACUUUUAGAUAAGAUUUUAUGUCCCGAUAAACCCAAACAACGCUUUCAUAUGUAUCUCAAAAAGACUUAUUUACAAUAAUUUUUUCGACAAAUACCAUAAGUCAUGACAAAAACGAAGCCAA